UACAUAUGUAGUAGAGAAUUUUUCCUGCAAAUCUCAUUUGCACCAACACUAAAAGAAAACUAAAUCACUCGAGUUAAAAGUUGAGUUAAAUCGGAUGAAUAUUAAAAAUUAAAAGACCACCAUCUCAGCUUUUUAAAUGAACUCCAUUGACAGUGAAUCAUCAAAUGGUUUCGCCGGGAAUCAACGCAGAAGUUUUAAUAGCAAUGAAUCCAAUGUGAUUAGUUUAAAUACUGCUAGUAGUGGGGGGCAAAGAAAGAAGCUGAAUUAUCAAACGCAGUUGUCCCUCAAAUCGCAAGCGGCAGUUGACGAUAAUGAUGGAGCUACCACCAAGCUGCCAUCAACUGGACGCUUCAGUCCACAUCCCAAUGAUAUAUUUUUGCCACAGACAGCCAGGCUAACUAUACCGCCGCCCUUCGAAAAGUUUGGUGAUACAUUAAUUGCGGGCUGUCUACCGCCACCAUCGCCAGCUCCAAGUAGUGAUUGCCUGACAUCGAACUAUACCCAGAUUCAAUCGCAGAGCAAUAAAGCUAAUCAGCAAAUGCAACAACUGAAUUUAAAUCAGUUUCAUCAUCAGCAUGGUCAUCACAGUCAUAUGUAUCCGUUACCAUCGUCAAACUCAACAUCACUAUGCAAUAGUAAUUCAGGCAACGCCAAGUCCCAACCAUGCACUCUUGCAUUAGCGAUUGGCGAUAAUAACAGACAAAAUAAAUAUAAUCUACAUCAAGGGCAGCAAUCGAACCAGCGCCUUAUGUCACCUAACUCGAAAUAUCGCUUAGAUCGUUAUCGAGAUCCAAAGGCCAAUAGAAUGGAAUCAUCAACAGCACCAUCUAAAACUCGUUAUUUUCUGCCGUCUGCGAAAGUACAAUGUAGUGAAGCAUACAGCAGUUAUUUGGGCUCAACGGUGCACACUCCGGUUAAGCGCUAUGUACCAACCCCUCCUUUGGCCAGUGAGCUGUAUACAGAUUUGCCUUUAUCGUCAUCGACAUCAGUGGCGUCGUCAUCGUCAGCAGCAGGAACUUCAACUUCAUUUCCAAUCUCGACGCAUUAUUUGAAUAUGCCAUUGCCAUUGCCUCAUAAUUAUCGAGCCACAAAGUGUUGUCACCAUCCUAUUGAGGAAUCAAUAGCGCACUCGAAGAGUGCGCAAACAUACAAUGGAACUAAUAAUAGCAAUCUGUCAUCACCUUCCCCAAAUUGCCCAUGCCCAUCACCAUCGCCAGCAUCAUCAUCGGGCAUAUCUGCUGUAUCCAUUACAGCAACAGCAACAGCACCAGUACCCACACCACCACCUAACAUCUGUUCCCCAAUGGUUACCACAAAAAGCGUUUCGUCGUGCAACAAGCUGCGUGCUAAGUCAGAUGAAGGCGACUCUGUCAUCGUUAUACAGCAAACAAUUAGUCAAAGUCAAAAUCAGGAUAACACCACAACCUGUUUACACUGUAAUACGGCUCGCCGAACAACAGGAGUGCAUCAAACGACGCAAACUACUGGGCCGAUUAGUCCAGUUCCAGUGGCCAUGCCACUUGUCCCGAUUAAAAUGGCACCUAUCAAUGAUUUAUCGAAAAUUAAGCAUCAUGAACAAGAGUUGACAAAUACGAAAAUGACCGACGCCACUUUUCCUAAUCAGCAAACAAAACAUGCUGACAAUACGAACAAGUUACCCACAUUGCAACGUCAAACGCACUCUCAUCAAAUGUAUGCGUCUUCAACAAUGGCACCAUCCCAACUCAUUGUAGGCUCGCCACGAAAUCAAAUGCAACAUCAGCAACAACAACAGUUCCAAGUUUUAGCGCAGCCUCCACAACAGCAACAGCAGCCCUCAUUACAGCAGCAGCAAUCGCAACAACAAACCUAUCAUUAUUCCUGCAAGAAACGUAUUAGCAUUUAUAUGCGACGCGAAAUCGCUCGUUUUUUUGGCGUAGAGAGCAGUUCUGAAGCGGCCGACUUCAUGCUCUGGUACGGACGGCAACAACGAUUAGCAAUAAGGCGUUUUGGUUUAUUAAAGACCAACCAAGAGCUAGAGUAUAAUGGAACCAAUUCAAAUGAUAAUCGUGAUGCAAGUGGUACUGCUGGAAUGGGAUGUCGAGGCAAUCAACGCAAUGUUGCCGAUGGUUAUGCCAAACCACCGGAUAUUUUGCCAGCUCGCGAUGCUCAAUACAACGAUAUUACGCUUUAUGGUGCCUGUCGUUGGCAUGAUAAAUUAAAUGCUAAUCACGAUUACGAUGCUGCAGACUAUAUCGAGCGUAAGGCAACGGUUGUGCAUAUGUUAAUAACUGGCAUUAGUUAUGUUAUCAACAUCUUUAACACUAGGCUAACAAACAAGAUUAGUAAUAGGGGCUGUACAAGUAGUAAUAAACGACCUCAAUGGUCACGUAGUUUUGCCCCAAUUCACGUGCAUGGUCGGUCAGAUCGAGAUGUAGAUCAUAGUGACCAAGUUGAACGGCAUCAUCAAAUGGAUAUUGAUGUGAAUGAUUGCACCAGUAUGAUAGCUACAAUCAUUGAAGAUGAGUUAUUCUUUGAUAAUCCAAGUGAAGCAACAUUAGUGGCGAACACUAAUAAUGAUGAAACCAUCGGUGCAGAUAUGGAUCGGAAGAAAACAGCAAAUAAAACUGUGCCUUUGGGAUUAGGCAUAGAUGCUAGCGUUGGUGUCUAUAUGACUGAGCGUCAUCACAAUGGUUGGCGAACCUCUGCACUAAAUACGGCCAAUAAUGAUGUGCAUUUUAUAGGUUCGUCCCAUGAUGCACAUAUCACUCAAACGAAUCAAAUAAAUAUAAGUAAUUCGGUGCAGAAUCAGCCACAUCCGAUUCGUGCCUCCAAUUUUAUUGCACCGUCGACUAAUCGGGCUACUAGAAUCAAUGCACAGUUACUGGAUGGUGUUUUGGAAAAUUCCCGGCGUCCGCCAAUGCGACGAAUUAAAUAUUUUUCUGUCAAUGAUUUGGAUGAUCGCACCGAUCAUCGACCGUUUUUUACAUACUGGAUUAACACUGUUCAAAUUGUUGUACUAUUCCUGUCCAUCGUGUGCUAUGGCAUUGCACCGAUUGGGUUUGGAACCGAACAAAAGACUGGCCAGGUUUUAGUGACCAGUCUAAGUCUUCAAACCGUACAACACGUUGAACCCCGCAAUUUCUGGAUAGGUCCGCGCAGCAAUGAUUUGGUUCAUAUGGGAGCAAAGUUUGCAGCUUGUAUGCGCCGAGAUAUGAAAAUCAUGGACGUUCUUACUAAAACUAAGCGACAGGAGCGUGAAACCGCGUGUUGCAUACGAAACGAUGAUUCUGGAUGCGUUCAGAGCUCACAGGCCGAUUGUUCCAUACGCGGCCUGUAUCCAGCAAAAUCCAUAUCGACUUGGAAAAAAUGGUCACCCGGCGAAUCCGGUCCUGGCGGUCGUAUAUCAGGAUCAGUGUGCGGCUUAGAUCCCAAAUAUUGUGACGCGCCUGCGUCGAUUGCACCAUACGAGUGGCCUGAUGAUAUUACCAAAUGGCCUAUAUGCCGAAAAACCAAUUCAUUUUCGCAACGCUAUCGCUACAAAGAUCAUACUGCCGAGCAUAUGGUUUGUGAAGUAAUUGGACAUCCCUGCUGUACUGGUCUUUAUGGGGAAUGUCGCAUAACGACACGAGAAUAUUGUGAUUUCGUCAGUGGUUACUUUCAUGAAGAAGCAUCACUUUGCUCGCAAAUAUCUUGCUUGAACAACGUUUGUGGCAUGUUUCCGUUCUUCUCAGUAGAAAUUCCAGAUCAGUUUUAUAGACUACUCACUUCGCUAUGCAUGCAUGCCGGUAUCCUGCAUCUGGCAAUUACUCUGAUAGUCCAGCAUUUGUUUCUCGCCGAUUUGGAGCGUUUAAUUGGAACAAUGCGAACAGCUAUCGUAUACAUAACAUCUGGGUUAGUGGGCAAUCUCACAAGUGCAGUGCUCGCUCCACAUCGUCCGGAAGUGGGACCAUCUGCUUCACUCUGCGGCGUAGUCUCAGCCCUAAUUUCCCUACUGAUAUUAAUGCACUGGAAGCAUCUGCACAAGCCGUAUGUGGCAUUGAUCAAGUUUAUACUUUUAUGUACGGUACUAUUCGGCAUUGGCACACUGCCAUAUCAAUUAAAUUUCGCUGGUUUGCUAGCUGGUGUCGCUUGCGGAGCAUUUUUAACAAUAUCAUUAGUUCCAUUUACCACUUUUUCAAUAUAUGAGCGCAAGAAAAAGAUCAAUCUGAUUUGGACAUGUAUAAUCUUUCACUUGUUAGUUUACGUCACAUUAAUUGCAACUUUUUACAUCUAUCCAAGCGAGUUCAGUACAUUGAAUAUUGUUGAAGAUAUAUUUGAUAGUGCAACGCAUAAUUACAUUAGCCCCACAAACAACAAUAUUGGACACCACAAUCACAAUGGCGAAGUGGUUGGCAACACACAAAGAUAUUCACAAACCCAGAGCCAAUAUCCUCAGUACUUUUAUCACCCCCAUUCGGAGAUCAUUAGGAAUAGUGUUGACUUCACCGAAGGAGAUACUAGUUUCACACAAUUGCUACAUCCGGCUGAGAUGAAUCGACAGGAAGAUAUUAAACCUUGGCCAGAAAGAGCGUAUACGAGAUUAUUUGGCUACAAUAAAAAUUAUAGUAUUAAGAACACUAUGCACAGCAGAAGUGCAGAUGGAAUUAUCAAAGACAAAGGAAAUUUCAACUCAUCGCUUGACAAUAUAGUCAUGGCUACCAACCAUAUUGAUUACAAACUUAACACUAAUUUAAAUAUUACCAAAAUAAAGGGCCUAUAAAUUAUUUCUCAUAUUUAAAUUAUAAAAUAAAUUUCACCAAUAGUGGCGAAUUUAAAUGAGUGCACAAAAAACGAUUAUAUAAAAAGAUU